AUGUCGCACGUCUCCAACACGUAUCUGCUCGACUGUCACCGAAAAUACGCCCAAGAUGCUUACGCUGCCGUCACGCUCAUCAAGGCAGCCACGAGCUUUGCCAUUUCAUUCUUUGUUAAUGACUGGCUUGCUAAGCAUGGCCCAAUUAAUGUCUUCUUUCUCAUUGGUUCCAUCCACAUCGCUGUCUCUAUGGUUUGUUUCCCUAUGUUUAUGGCAAACGGAUUCGGCUCGCGGUCCAUAACUCUCAGUCAAUCCAAAACAUCCUUCGCUGGUGCCGAAAUGCUGAGCCCUAGUUCAACUGGAUGUAACUGA